AUGUCGCAACUCUCCGCCGGUGACGCCGAGAUUCCAGGGCCAAACACAGUAGCAUCAAGCCCACCACAAAGAAAAGCGCCUUCUGGCAAGGUCCCACCUGCCCGCGAGAUUACAAAUGGGUUCCUUAAAGCUACAAGAGGUGAGCUUUCCACAAAAUGUGACGCAUGGAGCAUUCCUGACACGAUGGUAGCCCUACAUGUCGGUCGUCUCGUCCAAGAUGCAUCCUUUAGCACAUUUGAGGCUGUCAGUGCUCUGGAGAUCAUGGAUCCCAAGAUGGACAGUGGAUACGAAGCCAACGGCACGAUUCAGGAACAUGAAUACGAUGUGUUAAGACCUUUGACUCCACAGCAGGUCAUUGGCAUCAUGGAUCAGCUGUUUUGCUUUGAGGUCAGCAUGCUUCUUUCCCAUACAAGUGCUGCAAUGCACUAUACUCUCAUACUGAUUUCACAACAACAGAUGGCAUGGCAUCAGGGCUUUGCUCUUUACCAGACCUUGUUCAUGUCGUACUAUAUCGACCGAUUACUAUGGCCUAAGCCAAGUUGUCUCGAAGAAGCUACGUUCGAUCGUAAGGGCUCUACGAAAUCUCGCAAACGCCUCCACAAAAGCGGACUUGGUCUGUUACACAUUGUACUGAGAGCCUAUUGCGUGGGUUUGAUUAAAGCAUGUGACUUCGUCCAUGAGCGAAUAUCUACCGAGAAAGUAUGGGAGGAAGAGGAUUUUGUCUCUCAACUUUACUCUCGUAGUCUCCUCUCCGAAUCCAGGGUGGGAGAUGUUGAACUUCUGCUGGGAGAUGCUCGAGCAUACGUUAAACAGCAAACGGACCUUCCAGAUACCCUCAGAGAAGCAAUUGUAGACCGACUUUAUCUCCGGUCCAGCCUCUUAGGAGCUGUCGUAACUGGUGGAGCUGUUACAGAUAAUGUGCGUCAUUGGAAACAUUGCGACAUGCUUGCAGCUUGCUUGAACAAAACCCUUGACUGCGGCGAGGAUGUCCCAGGCUCCUACAGCAUCAGACUACAGAGGAGACUUGCGACAACAACUCCGCCGCGAUCUCUCAUUCAGAUACCCUACAACGACGCAAGAAUUUUUUUUGGCGCCCUCUGUCACUGGAGCGUCGUUGCAUGCUACGUGCUACAAUUUCAUGGAUGCUCCAACCUGCUGAAUUCAGUACGAUUGUUUGGAGCUCAAGAACCCCGGCCUCCCGUCUAUGCGCGAUGUGUCUUACAGUCUCUGCUGUGGCAUGAUGAUGUCUGUUUGGACGACCGGACGUUCAAGGCACUCAUUCUCAAUGACCUUGCUGAAACGGUGCUUCCCGCCAGCAAUCUUAUAGACCCAAAGAAUGAAGAUGUAGAGGUGCCGCAAGACCCAAGAUUCAAGAUCAAUGAAAUCAUAGACGACUUCAUAAGGCGCAGUGCAGAGGCAAGAGAGAUUGAUAUUGAUCUGUGGACUUAUAUUGAUGACGAGGUUGACGAAAAGCACACAAAUGGAGAGCCUCGUCAUUCAAACCCUCUCUCUUCGUGGGCCAGGGCGCAUAAAAUACGCAUAAUGAUGUGGAUCGUUCAGCUGGGUUUCGAACUUGAGAUCUAUCGACCAGAAGAAAUGACCGGGAUGUACUGGUAUCUACAAUACCUUGCACGACAAAGAAUUUUGACUCUUGCGCACAUACAACAUCAUACUUUGAAGAGACUCAACGCAGCGCCAGGUCAUGCUCAUGAAAAGAAAACGACCCUUCUCAAUAACGUCCAGACUAUCGAAACCAGCAUCUGGGAAGUAUCAGCCGUGCUUGAACUUGCAGACGCCCUCUCAAACCUCUACUCAUUCCUUGCUCAUGCCGGAUUGAUGAACUCAUCGGAUUGUGAAUACCCAUACAGCUCACCAGAAUUACGCUAUGAAUUACGGAUGAGGCCAUUCGCUAGCAUACACGAUCCAGAAUUGCCUUCUCUUACCCGGAAUUUGUGUGCGACAUCCUUGAAGCCAGAGGGGACAGAUACCGCGGCAGAGGAGGAACUGUUCCGUGCGAGUCCGUGGCAGCAAGCGGUGGGUAUUUUGGAUUUAUCAGCUACAUCUGCGCAAAAAGCCAAAGCGAAAUGGGCAGAUAUGACUCGGUGGAAUGCUGACAAGGCCCGAAGUCGCGACUGCGAACUUGCCUGGCAAGGCGACGUGAAGAACGCGUACAAAGCGGCUAUUGCUACGAGCCUGGCCAUCGACACUUUACAGAAGGCAGUCAAAAGAGAGACAGAGCUUGGACCCGUCAAGGACCAAGUAAUGGUGACGAUACCUACGGCUGAGAAGAGCCAUCAUGCAUGGUGGAUUGUGCCCCAAAUUGACGUGAUGGAAUAA